CAAAAACCCCACACCGAGUCACAGACUUUGCAAAGCAAAACCCAAAACCCAGGAGGAUUCAGAAGCAGCUCUUGCGCACGUGCGAUUUCGAUGGCGUCAGGCGGAGGGAACACCGUGGAGUGGCACGUGCGGCCGCCGAACCCAAAGAACCCCAUCGUCUUCUUCGACAUCACCAUCGGUAACAUUCCCGCCGGCCGCAUCAAGAUGGAGCUCUUCGCCGAUAUCACCCCCAAAACCGCCGAAAAUUUCAGGCAGUUCUGCACCGGAGAGUACAGGAAAGCUGGAUUGCCUGUUGGUUACAAGGGAUGCCAGUUCCAUAGGGUGAUUAAGGAUUUCAUGAUUCAGGCUGGUGAUUUCUUAAAGGGUGAUGGUAGUGGAUGUGUUUCCAUCUAUGGACAUAAGUUUGAGGAUGAAAAUUUUGUAGCCAAACAUACUGGUCCUGGUUUGUUGUCAAUGGCGAAUAGUGGACCAAGUACUAAUGGUUGUCAGUUCUUCCUCACUUGUGCAAAAUGUGACUGGCUUGACAAUAAGCACGUUGUAUUUGGGAGAGUGCUUGGAGAUGGUCUUCUGGUUCUCAGGAAGAUUGAGAAUGUGGCUACUGGACCUAACAACCGGCCUAAACUCCCUUGCCUUAUUGCUGAAUGUGGAGAGAUGUAAAUCUAGCUCACAAACAGCUCUAACCAUAUGAUUUCUGUAAUUCAUAUAGAGUUGGUUCUUGUCAAGUGACCAUUAUCAGCAGUGCUUUGCUUUAUUUAAUGGAAAGCAUAUUCUAAUCCUUAAUAUCAUGUUUCUGCUAAAUAACUAAAUUGUUAUUUUCUCCAUUCAA